UCCUAUUCUCGUACAGUCUAUUGAGUCACGUUUAACUCUAUGAUACGCCACCAACCCCGUUCUCCUCAUCCUUCCUCAUCUCCCAUCAAACCUCACACUCAUCACGUCCAAGGUGCCACAUAUGCCUGACACACUAGCCAGACGCCACUUGGGGCCGGACUCGGGCGACGAUUUUGCGAGCGCCUCGGAGGGCGAGGAAUAUGAAAAUAUGGAAGUGUCCCGCCCGGUAGCUGCUCGCCCGUCGUCUGCCGCUUCCAGGGGCCCAUUAACAGCCAAUAAAUAUGAUAAUGGCUCACUGUCACUGCAGCAGCCGACUGGAAUGGCAAGAACCCAUAUUCCUGUUCCACUGCCUGAUCAGCACGACGAUCUAUCACCGCGCUUCGGGAACAAGUCUUUCCUCUCUUCGAGACCAGUAACAGAUAAAGGGCAGGCUUCCCGUGCGCCCUCAUACCCUCUUCAUGAAUCGCACGCAGAGGCCCCAGAUCACGGCAGAUUUCAGGAUACCAAUACUUUCUCUGAAAGCGCCGCCUCGGGACCAAAUACCACCGUCGAUGCAAAAGAAUCGGGUCGUGCCUGGGGUUCGUUGAGUUCGUGGAUCAACACUGCAGUGAGCACCGUAAGCGAGGUCAUCGAGAACCCCAAUGUGGUCGUGACGAAGGCUCACAAUAUAGGACAGGGCAUACGCAAUGUUGCCACUGAACAGAUCGAUCGCGUGUACGAAUCACUGGACCCGGAGUACGAAUAUGAGCGCGAGCGGCUAUCAAAGCAGCGGGUGCAGCAGCAAUCGCAGCAAUCACAGCAAGCCAAGCAACAUCAGCAGCAGUCCUCCGCCGAUUUACCAUGGCCACAAUUUCGUCCGCCUCUUCCGCCUCAGCAAACUCCCUCCAGUUUAGACAAGGGCGACCUUUCCGAUCUUCUAGAAUCAUCACGUUUACAAUCUGAACUACGACCGCCUAGCCCUAAACUUGAUUCGUCUUCUCAGCUACAGUCCUUGAAUAGCACAUCUAGGCUCGGCGUACCGGCAGGGAAUCUUGUCGAUCGUGAUGGAUGGGCUGAUGACGCCUGGGGCGAUGAUUGGGAUAAUGAAGUGGAUUUGACGGAAUUGACAAUGGACACGACCAAGAAAGUUCAGCCUACUGUAGAAUCAGCGCAGAGUAGCCUUGCUGUCCCAUUAUCUCAUGAGGACGAAAGCCGAUCAGAUAAGCCCUCUUCAAGAAGAUCGUCGGCAGAUCUUGGCCCUGCAGAAGCGCUCUUUUCAACGCUGGAUUUUGCUUCGAACGCCCUUGGAAGUGCUGUGCUUGGAGUGCAUCGGAAAGUUACACAGAGCAGCCAGUCGGCAACGUUGAAGAGGGGUACCAUCGAUGAUGCAACCCAUCCUCGUACCGUAUCUCCUACAUGGAUCAACACUCAACGACCCUCCUCCACCGAGGGACGUACCAGGCAAGAAGCUACAGAGCGCUCGGAUAAACCAACAAUCACGAAUCCCUCGUUGGAAGUGGUUGGGGGCAACGUUGUCAGCACUGGCCUGGGGGCCCUUGAGAUUUUGGGCAAGAAAGCUGUAGAUGUUAUUUCAGACGUGAGGCGUGCGGGCCAUCUCAACCACGCUCAGGGAGGAUCCAUCAGCUCCAUGGAUCACCUAGAGGAUACUGGUCCAUUUAAGGUGCCAUCGAGGAUGAACUUGGCAACGCUUUUUGACGACGCUGGAGGACGUGCCCAUCUUAUAGCAAUGCGUUCACUUGCUUCGACCGCAGCGUCUCGUGUAGCACCUUGGAUGUCUACCAGGCAGGAUUUACUUGAGAUGGGACAGCUAUACGAACUUGAGCAACAGCUUCAGCCUCCAAGUCUUGAUUCUGCAGUGAAAGAUCUUCCUACAGAUCUCUUGGCAGGACACAAAGACUUCCGAGCCAUGGUGACGCUACUAGAGAAGAUGGGUUUUCAGGGUACAGCCCAUCUAAGACAGUUGCGCAACUGCACAAGAAGAUUGACCAGUUUAGUACCCGACAGCGUCAACGCCUUUGAACAAGAGUGGCAUAACCACCAAUCGAGGGCUAGCGAACGAGAUUUCUUUGCCAAAGCACCGAUAAAGAAGUUUUUCGAGUCCCGGCUCAUGUUGAUUUAUUUUGAUGGACUUCGGGCCCUCUCGCAGUUCACAAACAAAACCUGCGAUCAAGCCUUGAAGCUCGCCGAGAAUAUCGACAUCCACCUUGCCGAAAAAACUGGGAGUAUCGGCCGUCCUAACGCUUCCCUUGAUACCCACGAACACGAACGGCCUUCGCCAUCGAAAAUCGCGCCAUUACUUCGGCAGUUUCUUGGCAAUCUGAUCGCCAUUUAUUGCCAGAAUUUACAGCGCGACUAUGGAGGCGGUUCUUGAGGCUGCCAAAAGAUUCAUCACGCCGCUGGAUCGGCUUGACUGGGAAGAUCUUGCGAUGGGCGUGGAUAAGAUCAGGGAUCUCUUAACAGCAGCGGAACUACAGGA